GAAUGAUAUGUCCGCUAUUCCCAUCAGAUGAGUUUUCUGGAUCAAAAAUUGUUUUAUUAGUGUAUUUGCACAUUUUCAACUUGCAAAGCGCACUAAUCAAAAGUUUACUUUGUAAUCACUGUCAGUGGUCAUGGAUACUAAAAAAAUACAGGCUGAUACAAACACAUUUUUUGGCCGAUUUUCGCAGAUUGUCGAAGAGGCAUUCGGGACUACUGAACGAACAAAUUACAGUCCUGAUCUAGCUGAGUUAAUGAAAGAAGGUGAAAAACGGAGAAACUGGGCGGUGAGCAUUUUGGCACAACUAGAAAAUGUGAUUCAACCGAAUCCAGCCCUACGAAUUGAAGACCUUAUACUUAGAGGAAUGAAUAGGGAGAAAGUUCGCCUGAGUGCUAAUGAACAAUUGGCUGAAAGUAUGGAUCGUAUUAGUAGCCUAAUUAAUAAAAACUCACAAUAUGGCUCACCAGGUGAGGCACUUAAGAAAUGUGCAAUGGCUCAAAUGGAAAUUGGACAAUCUGAAAGAAAAUUGCAAGAAACUGUCACUUCAGAAUACAUUAAAUGGUUACGCUGUUACAUAGCAUCUGAAGCCAAAUUAGCAAAACAAGAACGAGACAAAUUGGAAAAUGCUCGAUUGGAUUUAGAUCGUAUUAAAACAUCAAAGAAACGUGCAAAAAGUAACAAACAACAUACAUUUGAUCAAUCGUUGAAAGAUGCCGAAUCAGCAUUCAAUUGUCAGUGUGAAACCACUCGACGUUGUUUACAAGAAAGCAUAGACAAAUUUGACUCACAAAAAGAAGAGUUGAAAAAGCUUUUAAAAGCUCAAUCGGAACACUUUAGAGCUUGUUCAGAUGCAGUGGAUUCCGCAUUACGUGCGAUCUAAAAAAGUCCGGAAACUCAGGCUAAUUCAAAAUGAAGUUACACUAGUAAUUCAAAUACUGUCUAUCUGCCUGGUUGAUUUUACUUGUUCAAACAAAAACCCACUUUUUAAUCCUGGUAAAAAAAGCAAUAAAUUAUUAAAACUUUGAGGUAGAUCUACAUAAUUAAGUCAUUUAUGCUACAGAACAAGGGAAGUUACACUAUUAUAUAUAUAACCUUUUCUAUUUAAUUAUAAUUACAGAAUGAAGACGCUGAGGGUCCUCCUUUAAUAAUAUUAUUGAUAGUAAUAAAACAAAUGGAUUUCUGAUAAUGUUCUUCAACAUUUAAAUCAUUUUAUCAUUUCGUAUUUACAAACUACUUACAUUUUUACUUAAAUAUCUGUGAUACAUUUAGAAUUUUUGUUUUUGAAUGUCACUUUUUCAUACAAUUUUUUUUCUUUAACAAUUACUUAUGUUGUUUCAUAACGUUUUCACACGUAUAAAAGAAAAAUAGUCAGAAUAAAUGUUGAUUUCUUCCUCGUCUUAUUGUUAUAUAUUGUUUUGCAAGAGAAAAUCAUUUAUUAUUUUUAUAGCAAAUAACAUCACUUGAAAUUCUACUUCA